AUGGCGGACCCCGUAAGAAACAUCAUCAUUAAGCUUGGAAGUAAGGUACACCCUACGGCGGCAGCCCUCAAACACAUUCAGACGCUUCUACAGUUGGCUAUGAAGAAGAAGCUCAAGCUUGAUCCUCUGCUUCGCGACGAGAUUCUGGUGACUGUUAUGUCCAACUAUCCGGAAUUUUAUGCUGAAUGGUCGGCAGAUGAUGUAACUGAACUUCUUGUGUUGGUCGCCGAAGCCAGUGAUGACAAUCUGUUGAAGAAGCUCGACGAUGAGAGGAGUCCCAAGCUCUGUAUCUUGAAGCUGCUCAGAGAGAAGCAACACACAGACAGGAGGUUCUUCGACAACGGACCUGUUGAUUCUUCUAUUCCAUCGUCUGUGUCUGUUUUGCCUGAAAAUCAAUCUGCUUUGGGUUCCGAGAAGUCCCCUGUGAAUGUUGACCCUCUAUCUUUGCCUGUGACUAAUUUUGCUGGUGAAAAAUCUGAUGCGUUGCAUGUGUCUGAUGAGAAAACAAAGUCCUCUGAUAAGCCAAAUCCACUGAGUCUGGUUGUUUAUGCUUCUGAGAAUAUUGCUCUGCCUCCGUCUGAAACUGUUAAUGUCUCUAAAGAGUCUUGUCCUGCUGUUGAUCCUCCUGCCUUACCUGCAACUGUUAAUACUGUUGAUUUAUCAAGUCCUCACAAGUCUGAGAAAACAGGUGGAGUCCCUGUUUACACUGCAACAUCUUUAGGAGAAAGCCUGGAACAUGUGCGACAUUUUGCUGGGUUACCAUCUGCUUCGAUCCCUCAACCUUAUCGAGUGAUACACCCUUCAGAAUCCUCCAGUGAAGAUGAUAAGAUACUGGCUGAGGUGUAUGGAUCCCAAGCACCUUCUUCUGCUGCCCCUACUGUUGAGGCAACUGUUCAUCCUGAUUCCACGAAUUUCAGAAUUCGAGAGAUAUCAAAUAUUGUUGGGAGCUCAUCUGCAAAUGUUUCUCCUGUGAAGAAGAGAAAGUCGAGUGAGACUGCUAAGCCUGAAGGAGACCCACCUAUCCACCAAGUUUUCAAGACUCUACGUUCCUCUGUUAAGCAACAAGGAACUACUGCUGCUCAAGCUGCUUCUGCACCAGCCCCCUCUGCCAGAAAAGGGAAACCUACCACAAGGUCAAGAGGUCGAAGUGUAACUCCGGAGGUUCCACCUAUUGAAGGAAUUGAUACUACUGUUUACAAACCUCAGUUUGUAUCCCUUGCUGCACAAACAAAAUGGGCCACUAUGGUCAGAAGGGAGCUGAUUGUUCAAAGAACUGUGGAUGAGAAUCAACUGAACUCCGUUUGCGACAUCCUGCCCUUGCUGAAUGAAGUUGGUCUUUUGAAAACUGUUACAGAUGUUUGCCCUUACUCCAAGCUGCUCACAUAUGAGUUCUAUUGCAAUCUCAGUGAUGAGAUUGACAAUCUCACAGGGCGACGACCGAUGCAAAUCUUAUCAGAGGGAAGUGUGCAAGAAGAAGCUGUUACUGAAUGGGACGUGGUGGCCAAAACUCUUACCGGUGGACAUACUACAUCUUGGCCUACAGGAGAUAAGGACUAUUUGCUGAGCUCGCAUCUCACGUCUAGAUAUGUCAUCCUACAUCGCCUGGCUCUGCACAACUGGCUUCCAUCAGCUCAUUUCAACACAGUUGGCAAGCUUCUGGCAGGGUUCUUAUUUAGAAUUGGAACUAAGAUGCAGUGUGAUCUGGGCAAAUGGAUCUUUUAUCAUGUUUUAACUCUGAUUCAUCCCCGGGAACAGAAGGGUCUUAAGCCUAUGCCCAGCGAAGUGAUCAGUCCGACGCUGCUAUAUACUGUUGAUAAACGUCUUCUUUCUGGAGAUCAUCUUAAGGAUGUCGUUCCUGUGACUGCCCCAUCCAAUUCGGAACCUGAUGCUGUGAAUGAUGAGUCUCCUCAUGCUAAAGAUGUGAAGCUUUCCGAACAAUUGAAGGCGCGAGUUGCUGAUCUUGAGACGGUGCACGGCAUCAUUGCCAAGCAACUGACGGGUGCGCGCACUGAGCUAGCUACUGUUCUUCUCCGCAUGAGCCUGUCUGAUACUGCUGCUGCUGCUGAGGAUCCCGUGAAGUCUGACUGUGACUCUCCCUCAAAUGCUUGA